AUGGGAUCAAGUUCAGCACCACUUUUGGUUAAGAUAUUGAUAUGCAGUGUUUGUAUGGUUUUGUUAAAUAUGAAUGGAUCAAAAGGGUGUUUGGAGAAAGAAAGAUUAGGUUUGUUGGAGAUCAAAGACUACUUUGGCUCUAGUGAUUACGGGCACAUCGAAGUUCUUCCAUCAUGGGUUGAUGAUAAAGGGGCUAAUUGUUGUGGGUGGGAACGUGUUCAUUGCAAUACUAAACGUGUCACGCAUCUCAUUCUUGAAGAUCUUCCUGCAUUGAUUCAAACGCCUAUGAAUUUUUCGUUAUUGCUUCCUUUUGAACAAUUACAGUUUCUUGAUUUCUCAGCUGUCUAUUUUAAUGGCUCCCUUGGAAUUGAAGGAUAA